AUGAAAGCUGCUGCGUGGUUCUCAACAGCAUUGCUGUCCGGUGCCCUCGCCGCCCCAGCUUUCGACACUGCUGCUGCUGCUCUCACACCGGAGCUCGUGCGCCGCGCCCUUCCCAAUGCGCCCGAUGGAUACACCCCGACGUCAGUCAGCUGCCCCGCCAGCCGACCGACAAUACGCAGCGCCGCCGAGCUCUCCGCGAAUGAGACAUCAUGGCUAGAAUCACGGCGCGGAAAGACACUCUCUGCGAUGAAGGAUUUCUUCGGCCACGUCCAGGUCGGUAGCUUCGAUGUCGCGUCGUACCUGGACAAGAUCGCCGGCAACUCGUCCAAUCUGCCCAAUAUCGGCAUUGCUGUGUCCGGCGGCGGAUAUCGCGCUCUGCUGAAUGGGGCUGGUGCUAUCAAGGCGUUUGAUAGUCGUACUGAGAAUGCGACGGCGUCGGGCCAUCUGGGUGGCCUGCUGCAGUCUGCCACGUAUGUGUCUGGCCUUAGCGGUGGGAGCUGGCUGGUUAGCUCGAUUUAUAUCAAUAAUUUUACGACGAUUUCGGAUCUGCAGACUACUCAGGCCGGUGCUGUGUGGCAGUUUGGGAACUCGAUCUUUGAAGGUCCGGAUGGGGGCAGCAUUCAGCUGUUGGAUACAGCGGACUACUUUAAAGAUCUGGCGGAUGCGGUGGAGGCGAAGAGGAAAUCUGGGUAUGAUACGUCUAUCACGGAUGUCUGGGGCCGCGCGCUCGCCUAUCAGAUGUUCAAUGCCUCUGCCGGAGGCAUCGACUAUACCUGGUCGUCCAUUGGGCUGACCCCGGGAUUCCAGAACGCGGAGUAUCCCAUGCCGCUCGUUGUCGCGGAUGGCCGCAACCCCGGCGAGACGGUAGUCGGCGGCAACGCAACCAUCUACGAGUUCAACCCCUGGGAAUUCGGCACCUGGGACCCAACAAUCUACGGGUUCGUCCCGCUGGAGUUCUUGGGUUCCCGCUUCUCCGGCGGCACCCUGCCAAGCAACGAAACCUGCGUCCGCGGCUUCGACAACGCAGGCUUCAUUAUCGGCACCUCGUCAUCGCUCUUCAACGCCCUCGUCUCGGGGCUCGACACGUCUAAUCUGCCCAGUUUCGUGAAAUCUAUCCUCGAAGACGUGUUUCAGAGUGUUGACAAGGCCGACGACGAUAUCGCCGCUUACGAGCCGAACCCGUUCUACGGGUAUAACAACGCCUCGUCGCCGUACGCGCAGCAAACAGAACUGGACGUGGUCGACGGCGGCGAAGAUCUCCAGAAUAUCCCGCUCCAGCCACUCAUCCAGCCAAACCGCCACGUCGACGUCAUCUUCGCGGUCGACUCGUCCGCCGACACGCAGUCCUCCUGGCCGAACGGCACCUCGCUCGUGGCCACGUACCAGCGCAGCCUCAACUCCAGCGGCAUCGGUAACGGCACUGCCUUCCCCGCCGUGCCGGACCAGAACACCUUCGUGAACCUGGGUCUGAACACCCGGCCCACUUUCUUCGGAUGCGACAGUUCCAAUCUCACAGGUCCCGCGCCCCUGGUCGUCUACCUACCAAACUAUCCCUACUCCGCCAACUCCAACACCUCCACCUUCCAGAUGUCAUACGACGACGCCCAACGCGACGACAUCAUCCUGAACGGCUACGAGGUCGCCACUAUGGCCAACGGCACCCGCGACGGCAACUGGACUGCCUGUGUUGGUUGCGCUAUCCUCAGCCGCUCCUUCGAGAGAACUAACACCGCUGUCCCGGAUAUCUGCUCCCAAUGUUUCCAGCGCUAUUGCUGGGACGGCACUGUGAACUCCACUAAGCCCGCGCCGUAUGAACCUAGCGCUUUGUUGACGCUGGAUAGUGCGGCGGCGGCCUUGGUGCCGGCAAUGCUGGCCACUGUCGUGGCAGCGGGUGUGGCUCUCUUGACGACUAUGUAA